GCAACGAUGGCCAGAACCAAGCAGACCGCUCGUAAAUCCACUGGUGGAAAAGCCCCCAGGAAGCAGCUCGCAACCAAGGCUGCCCGUAAAAGCGCUCCGGCGACCGGCGGUGUGAAGAAGCCUCACCGCUACAGGCCCGGGACCGUCGCUCUGAGGGAGAUCCGUCGCUACCAGAAGUCUACUGAGCUGCUCAUCCGCAAGCUGCCCUUCCAGCGCCUGGUGAGAGAGAUCGCCCAGGAUUUCAAGACCGACCUGCGCUUCCAGAGCUCCGCCGUCAUGGCUCUCCAGGAGGCCAGCGAGGCUUACCUGGUCGGUCUGUUCGAGGACACCAACCUGUGCGCCAUCCACGCCAAGAGAGUCACCAUCAUGCCCAAAGACAUCCAGCUGGCCCGCCGCAUCCGCGGAGAGCGCGCUUAAGCCCAUGUGAGAAGACCCCAAAACGGCUCUUUUAAGAGCCACCUCAGUGUCUCAUGAGAAAAGUGAUUACCCUGUUAGAUGCAAUGAAAUCUAUCGGCGUGCACAAUACCUACCAGGGUCACGUUGAUAAAUCAUGGGGGUUUCACUUUUUUUUUUAACAUGUCUAAACCAUGAAUAGCUGAGAGGCUUUGAAAGAAAAUG